AUGGAUGAUCGGCUUGAGGAGAUGAUUCGUGAUGUUGGUCCAGAAUCAUUCAAGAGAGCACAUAUGUAUGAAACUUUAUGCAGAGAUUCAGAGAAGACGUUAUAUCCAAAUUGCACAAAAUUCACAAGAUUGUCAGCGGUAUUGAGAUUGUUUAAUUUGAAGGCGAGACAUGGGUGGAGUGAUAAAAGUUUCACAGAAUUGUUAGAGUUGCUGAAAGAAAUGCUUCCAGAAGGUAACACAUUGCCUAGUCGUAACUACGAGGCAAAAAAAGUGUUGUGUCCCAUGGGUUUAGAGUAUAAGAAGAUACAUGCAUGCCCAAAUGAUUGUAUGCUAUAUCAUGGUGAGUUUGAAGGCUUGCAUGAAUGUCCAAGGUGUGGGUUGUCACGAUAUAAAAAGAAGCAAGGUGAUUUUGAUUAUGAGAUUAGCAGUAAGGGUCCUCCGGCAAAGGUGUUAUGGUAUUUGCCAAUUGUUCCAAGAUUGAAGCGUUUGUUUGCUAAUGCAGAUGAUGCAAAGUUGAUGAGAUGGCACGAAGAUGAAAGGAAAUGUGAUGGACAACUUAGGCAUCCAGCAGAUUGUUUGCAAUGGAAAAAAAUUAAUUCUAUGUUUCCAAAUUUUGGUAAGGAGCCAAGAAAUGUUAGGCUUGGACUAGCUACAGAUGGAAUGAAUCCGUUUGGUAAUUUAAGCACAAAGCAUAGUUCAUGGCCUGUUUUGUUGAUAAUUUACAACUUACCUCCAUGGUUAUGCAUGAAACGCAAAUAUGUGAUGUUAUCUAUGAUGAUUUCUGGUCCAAGGCAACCAGGAAAUGACAUUGAUGUUUAUUUAAGUCCGUUGGUCGAAGACUUAAAGAUGUUGUGGGACGAGGGAAUUGAUGUGUUUGAUGGGUAUUCAAGUGAAUCAUUCAAGUUGCAUGCCAUGUUGUUCUGCACAAUUAAUGACUUCCCAGCAUAUGGAAACUUGUGCGGGUAUAGUGUUAAGGGGCAUAAAGCUUGCCCUAUUUGUGAAGAGGGAACUUGUUAUCAUCAAUUGCAUAAUUGGAAGAAGACAGUUUACCUUGGCCAUCGAAGGUUUCUUAAACCUAACCAUCCAUAUCGAAGGUUAAAGAAAGCUUUUAAUGGAUAUCAAGAAUAUGACAUUGCUCCUACUGCAUUAACUGGUGACGAAGUUUAUGAACGAGUGAAAAAUUUAAAUGUGGUACUUGUUUUUUGCUACCAAGUUCCUAAGAAUUUCAAAUGGGAACUACUAGAUCCCAAGGAGCUGGAGUUGUAG